UGAUUCAAGACGAAGAAAAUGCGAUACAACCAUCUACUAGUUCAAAUAAGGAAGCAACUGGUAAUUCAAGUCAAACCGAUGAAAGUGUACUUAAAAACCUUUCAGAAAAAUCAGUAAUUCAAGAUGAUGAAAAUACGAUACAUCCGUCUACUAGUUCAAAUAAUGAAGCAACUGUUAAUGCAAGUCAACCCGAUGAUAAUGCAAUACAAUCAUCCACUAGGUCAAAUGGUACAAAUAAUCAGAAAACUACGCAGUUAAUACUUAAUGCAACCGAAAAUGUAAACGUUGAUAAGCAGCGUGAAGAUAAUCAAAGUGAUUCUGAAAAUAAUAUAAAUCCAAAAGACGUUACAACCGAUGAACCAGACGAAUUGGCAAGUGAAGGCAUGCAUUUAUCUACCAGAUCAAAUAAUAGUUCUGAGGAGAUGAUACAAAUACCAAUUAAAACCAUUGAUGAAUCAUGGAAUUUCUUUAUAACAUACUUUUUAAACACCGGACUUUUGUGGGUAUUUCAACCGCACACACGUGACCUAACGGGAUUUGGGAUUGUGGUGGUAG